GAAGAGCUGACUCAUUUGAAAAGACCCUGAUGCUGGGAAAGAUUAAAGGCGGGAGAAGGGGACGACAGAGGAUGAGAUGGUUGGAUGGCAUCACUGACUCAAUGGAGGUGAAACUGAGCCCAGAACUACGUAUACUGUUAAUCUUAUCAAAACGGGUGGAAAUAAAGCAGUCUGAAGGAAAUUCAAGGCCACCAAACUUACUGACUGAACUACUUUUAGUAUUCAUGCUGAGAAUAAGUGGCUGGGGAAAGACCUUGCUAUUCUGCUAAAUGAUGAUGGAGGCAGAAGAACAGCCACGGAAGACAGCCUUUUACUCAAAAUUACCUAAAGUGGAACUUCAUGCCCACUUGAAUGGAUCCAUUAGUUCCAAUACCAUAAAGAAAUUAAUAGCCAAGAAACCAGAUCUUAAAAUCCACGACCAGAUGACUAUGAUUGACAAAGGAAAGAAAAGAACUUUAGAAGAGUGCCUCCAGAUGUUUCAAAUAAUUCAUCUACUUACUACUACCCCUGAAGAUGUUCUAAUGGUGACGAAAGAUGUCAUUAAAGAAUUUGCAGAUGACGGUGUCAAGUAUCUGGAACUAAGGAGCACACCCAGAGGAGAAAAUGCUACAGGAAUGACUAAAAAGACUUAUGUGGAAUCUAUACUUGAGGGUAUAAAACAGUCCAAAGAAGAAAACGUAGACAUUGAUGUUAGGUAUUUGAUAUCAAUUGACAGAAGAGGUGGCCCUUCAGCAGCCAAGGAGGCUGUUAAACUUGCUGAAGAGUUCUUCCUUUCUGCAGAGGAUACAGUUCUUGGCCUUGACCUCAGUGGAGACCCUGCAGCAGGACAAGCAAAAGACUUCUUGGAACCUCUUUUAGAAGCUAAAAAAUCUGGUCUGAAGUUGGCACUUCAUCUUUCAGAGAUUCCAAACCGAAAAACAGAAACACAAGUACUCCUGAACCUGUUUCCUGACCGAAUCGGGCAUGGGACAUUUCUCAGCUCCUCCGAGGAAGGAUCCUCGGAUCUGGUGGACUUUGUGAGGCAACAUCAGAUACCGCUCGAACUUUGUUUGACCUCAAACAUCAAAAGUCAGACAGUUCCAUCUUACGACCAACAUCACUUUGGAUUCUGGUACAGCAUUGCCCAUCCUGCCGUGAUCUGUACUGAUGAUAAGGGUGUUUUUGCAACACGCCUUUCUCAAGAGUACCAGCUGGCGGCUGAAACAUUUCAUCUGACCCAGACUCAGGUGUGGGAUCUGUCUUAUGAGUCCAUCAACUACAUCUUUGCUUCUGACAGCACCAAGGCUGACCUGAGGAAGAAGUGGAGUCAUCUGAAGCCCCAUUUUUAAGCUGUAACGAGAUGCCACUGCCUUCCCUUUGCCAUUUCUACCUAAGAAGAGGAUCUUACCACUGGGACUCUGAAAUAAGACUGGAGCGCGGGUCAGUGCCUCUGGAGGUAUCUCGGGAUCCUCUUCAUCAUCUUCAGAAUCAUCUUCUAUGGCCUCGACUGCCUGCUCGGCUUGCUUUUCGGCUUCAGCCUCACUGGUCUCCUGCAUGGGGCAUAAGGCUAUCUCUUCUUCCUGGCCAUCACUAGGCCGGGCAGCCACCCGGGCAUUCACCAAAGCGUCCAUCUCUUCAAAGAAGGGACAGGUCUCUGGUGCUUGGCCAUUCUUGACUUUCCGAUAACUGGUCUGUAGGCUCUUAAACUUGGUCCGACACUGCUCCGGUGUCCUGAGGAAGCCAUAUUCCCAUAACCGCUCAGCCACAGCUCCAUAUAACUGGCUGUUGCGGUGACAGUUCCGAAGGGCUUCGUAAAACUGAGUCUCACUAAGAAUUGCAAGGUAGGUCUUUGUCUCUUCAUAGCCCCAGUGCACACCUGCCACCAGAAGAGAAGUUUUAACAGCACUUAAUGCAGGGCUUUAUAGCCGCAAUCCCUCAGUCCUAGCAUUUGCAUCAUGAAAAGUCGCCUAAGCUUGAGCUCCAGGUGAGAAGGCAUGAACAGCUCAUGUUUCCAAAUCAGUGCAGACUCUCAGGAUGUUCUGCUUCUCUGACCCAUAUCAGUUUCAGAGACCUUGACUCCUACAUUCAAUUUAAAAGGCCUUUUCACCUGAUCACAGUCGUGAUCAUUAUGCACACUGAGGCAAGUGUACAGAAGGCAUUUCCCCAUUCUUCUAGCAGUUCUGGAGUUCUGAUCCUAACUGGAAAAUAACUGGUUAGAAAACCUACAGUCAGUCACUGUCAGCCAGGAGCCAUCCUUACAUUCUCUGAUCAAUCUUUUCCUACCAGCCCUACUUCCUCAUAAAUCAAGUCUCCCAAAGAAUGUCUCAAAAUCCCAAGGAACAGUCUCUUUCAGAUCCAUACUGCUGCCUACUGCACUCCCUUUUAUGGCCCUUCUUCACCUGGCCACAGUCUCAAAAAGCCAGCCCAACAAUAGCAAAGCCUGAAGGGUACAAGACAAGAACCUGUGGUCAUGCACCUUCUCCUCAGUAGCAGAGGACUGGCAGAGCCAGGAGGAAGGAAGCAGAGCAUAGAGCACCUCCUGGUCCCCAACAUGGGCAGAACUUCAUCAGGAUGACUAGAGACUGCUCCCUGAAGGUCCCUCAAGCUAAAGGGAAGGGAGAUUCCAAGAGCCUUCCUCCCACUUGAGAGCCAGGUGGCGAUGACAUUGCUUCCAUUAUCCUCCACUCUCUGCCAGGGAAGCAAAAGGGAAAUAAUUGGAAGACAGAGAAAAAGCAGUGAAAAAAGACAAAAAGAACAGAGAUAAAGAAAGUAAUAGCAGGUAGCACAUGGGCCAUGUUUGUGAUUUACCUAAAUUUAUUCCAGUGACAAAAAGGGAAAGAGAAUUAUUUUUUUUAAAAGGAAAAAGUGCAAGACAAGAAGACCAGAACAGAAGUAACAACACAUAAUAAAACGUGGACAGAAUAGAUAACUGUUCCCAAUAGAACUGCAGCUUUAGAGUUAGCUCUGUCUGUACCUUACAGGUGAGGACACAAACUGAGAAAUGUUCCCCUAGCUGAUGAGUGGGCAGGAUUAGAAACAAAGCCUCCUGCUUCAUAUGUGGUGUUUUUCCCAUAACAGCAUAGUUGUACAGAUUACAUCAGUAAUAACGUGAUAUUUAAAGAUGGUUCCAUAGGCAAAUAAUAUUUCAAUGGAGUGUUAAGAUUUCUUGCUGCAAAACUGGGUCCUGUUAAAAUGCCAAUAUGUGAUGCAAAUCUCAUAGAGGAAACAUAGAAAAUGUUUUCCCAACUUGAGGCAGUCCUUCACUAUGCUCUUUUAAGUAAAAAGGAACACAUAAUAAACUGAGUUUGGAGGGUAAAAAUAAAACACCAGUUCAUAUAAGGCACUCAACAGAUAAACUGUUUCUCCUUAAAGAUACUAUACUGCCAAGAUUUUCUCAGCCUUCAGUGAUUUUAUAAUCAGGAAAAUAUAUUUUAAGAAAGAAACAGAAGGAAUGGUACUCCUUUUCAGGACUCACCUGAAUUUUGAGUAUAUUUCUUUAUAAUAUCUAAUAUUUUUCUUCACUUACUAUUAACUCACUGGUUUUCCCACAAGAGAAUGAAAUACAUAAAGAACUGAGAAAUGCCGCUAUUCUCUUAAGUGACAAAGCUGGCAAGUGACAUUAAGUUUACUGACUCCACACCCAACCUCAUAAUUUGUCAGUCUAAUCCUAAAAUGCCAAGAAGAAAAGCUUACCACUUGGGCUACGGAAAAGGACAGGUGUGGUGGAGCUGUCAGGGUCCUGGGGGGUGGCCUCUUGGCCCACUUCGUCACUGUCGGACUCUUCAGCUGUGGCCUCCUCUCCCUCUUCAUGGUGCCAGCCCUCUUGCUCUGGCUCCUCGGUCUCAGCAUCACUGCCUCCCAGGCCAGAGUGAGAAGCUGCCUCCUCCAGGCCAUUACUGGGCAGGGCAAUGACCUGGGCACUCAUCAGGGCUUCCAUCUCUUCAAAAAAGGGACAGGUCUCAGGUGGGUGGCCACUCUUGACUUUUCGAUAGUUCUUCUGGAGACCUUUGAACUUGGUCCUACACUGCUCCAGGGUCCGGAGGAACCCAAACUCCCGGAGCCGCUCUGCCACAGCCCCAUACACUUGGCUGUUCCGAUGACAGUUUCGGAGAGCCUCAUAAAACUCAGGCUGACUGAGAAUUGCGAGAAGAGUUCUGGUCUCUUCAUGGCCCCAGUGCACACCUGCCACCUUCUCAUCUUCAAAGCCCCAGUGAUCCUGGUCCACCCAGCUGCUUCUCUCUCUUCUGGACAGUAACAGAUCAGCAGGCAUUCUUCUGUCUUCUGUGUGACUGCCUCUUGGGAGUUCCUUCUCCUUGGAGCCCAGAUCUGGGAUCCAUGGCUCUCCUUGCUCCAAGCUGGAGACCAUGCUGGAUUUAGAACAUGGAAAUC